UCCGAAUACCCGUGUCCAGGUCGCGCAUGUGGGCUCGGCGGGGGUACACACCUGACGCAAAAGGGGACUUUUGCUCAGAGCGUGCAGUGCGGGCCCUUUUCUUUACCUCGCGGGGCCUGGUACUGUCGUACCAAGUUGGAGUUUGUCCUGCAUAUCGCACCGCUUCUCUUUUCCGAUUUGGGGCUGGAGGUUCGUCUGGAUCUGUCCAUGGCGACUCCCACAGCGACGACACCGGCGUUGGCCUCUGGUACUGCAGAUCGAUGGGGGCGGCAAGCGAUUCCGUGGUGCGCGGCGUGCAUUUCGUUUCCGGUCCCGCCGUGGCCGACUCUGCAGUAGGCGUAGAGUCGCGGGAGACACUACCGGUGUAUGAGGUCCCGCCGGCUCGCGGCCUGGUUGGCGACCUGUCUGAUGUCGAGCUGUCCGACGGGUCCUGCACGACGGGGGCGGCGCCGGCUGGCGGAGGUGUGGCGUCGGCAGGCGCCGGUGACGGGGCGCGCGCAGUCGACUCGCGCAGCGCAGUUCAGUCAUUCAGCCCCAGUGCUCCGGCGGCGGCGAGCACCACUAUCCGCGUUGGCUGGAAGCGCAGGCCAAGGGUAGCCCGGGCACCAGAUGAGAGGGCGGCUGUAGUUGGUCGUGUGCCGGCGCUUGAAGCUGCGAUCCGAGGAUUCGCUAGAGGGACUGAUGUGGUUGUCAACCCGGCGAUGGCAGAGGCGUAUGAAUUCUACAAUUUGUAUUCAUGGGAGGUUGGCUUUGGGAUUCGUUAUGGCAAGAGCAGGCAGAAUGUCAACGGGACCAAAUGCAUGCAGGAGAUCGUGUGCGGCUGCGCUGGUAAACCAGAGAGGGAGAACAGUUCAUCGUUGAGGAGCGAUUGCGCCGCCAUGGUUCGUCUGCACCGGACAGAUGAUGGGGGGUGGUAUGUCUUGGAAAAUUGUGCUUCCCACAACCAUGAACUGCUUAGGACUUGUGCUGAGAAGCUGCACUGGCCAUCACACCGGCACAUUGACACAUACACCAAAGAUCUUUGUGAAACGGCUGCGGGAGAACAAUGUGAAUCUAUGGAAGGUUUACAGUAUCUUUGGCAGCCUGUUUGGGCGAAUGAAGAAUGUACCGUUCACGAAGAGGUGCCUUAGAACUUUCUGUGGGAAGCUUAGUAGAGAACACGGGCCUCCAUCCUGCUCCAGUUUUGAAGCUGAAUGAUGAACAAGAAGCACAAAAACAGCAACAAAAAUGGGUUCAUGUGAUGGAUGGUUGUACAAAUUAGACUUACUCCUUGGUCCGGGCACUUGUAGAAAUGAACGCCGUUACGCCGAGGUUCUGACACAAA